AUGGGACGACGGGCGAAGCUUGACGACGAAACGAUCGUGUAUUACAUACGACGAGGGCUUUGUAUGAAACCAUUACAAACUGCCAUAGCCACGAUGCAUUUCAACACGCCGAGCGAAAUGCUAGUGGCCAUACGACGAUUUGUAGCGAACGAUCCGGGAACGAACGAUAGUUCCAAUAGCGUUCGGGGUGAACGAACGAAUAUACUCCGAUCGCCGCCGCUGCUGAAUGCUGCAAAUCAAAACUCGAGGUUAUGUUACAAUUGUUUCGAAAGAGGGCAUUUGUCGUUGAACUGUCCGAAGCCGCAACGAAGACCACGAUGCGUGAAAUGCAAUAGAACUGGCCAUGCGCAGAAUGACUGCCCGACAGCCGCGCGAACAGAAGCCAACCGCCGAGAGACAAUAAAUCGUAUAGCACAACACACAGACAACAAAUUGCUAACGAAGGCAGUGGAAAUAGGCGACGAUGAAUUUAAGUGUAUUGCGGACUCAACUAAACCAUUCGAGCCAGCACAACAACUUAAAGGGUUCGGUGGAGCUGUAUACCUUUGCAAUAAGACAAUAAUUGCAACAAUCAGAAUUGACGACGUGGUACUGGAGGGAGUUUUGUAUAUCGUGGACGACGAGCAGAUGGAUAAGCCGAUACUCAUUGGAACCAAUAUUCUACUGCAAGAAGGUAGGUGCUGCACAAUUCGUGGUCGUGAAUUUAAAAUGAAAUCGGAAUUCGAGAACAUACGAACCGGACCAAUAUCAUCAAUCGAUAAAGAACAACUGUCUGAAGUAUUGGAAAAAUGGCAUAAGUGUUUUUCUACUAAUUUAUCAACGAUCGGUCGUUCAAAUUCCACCGAAAUGGAAAUCCGUGUUACAACCAGCAAACCAGUCAGUCGACAGCCUUACAAGGUUCCGUUCCCGAGGCGAUUGAAAGUGGAAGAAAUGAUCGACGAGCUACUGAAAGCUGGAAUAAUUCGACCGAGCGAGUCGGAAUAUUCAUCUCCGGUCAUACUGGUCGCGAAAUCAGAUGGUACAGACCGGCUUUGUAUCGAUUAUCGAGCAUUAAACGCGAUUACAGUGAAGGAACCAUUCCCAGUUCCCAGUGUGGAAGAGCAAGUGGCACAAUUGGCCGGAAAUUCCUUCUUUACGACGCUGGAUUUCAUUUCAGGAUAUUACCAAAUCCCGAUUGCCGAAUCAUCAAAAAAUAUACGGCUUUCGCCACUCAUAUAG